AAGGAAGCAAAAAAGUCAGCGAAAUGUUGCCCAAUUACUGUCAAAUAUAUCAUCCAGCGCUAUGUCCGGAAAAGUCGGGUGUGUGAAAAAAACCGAAAUGCGCCGAAUGAAAUAUUUACCGACCUUAAGGAAAGACGAAUUGUCCGGAAAAUCAAAGUGAAUCCAAAGCUUUCGGCCCCGAAACUAGCGUUUGAAAUAAAACAUUCCGUCGCGUAUUGCGAGAACAAGACUUAAAUGGUCGAGUAGCCUAGCUAGAAAAAUCAGAACUGCAGGCUUAAAUUUGCCAAGGAACAUGUGGUUCACCAGCCAUCGUUCUUGAAAGAAGUAUUUUUUGCAGGCGAGUCGGACGGCAAGCAAUAUGUGUGACGUCAACCGAAUACCAAGCUUCAAAGUAAGAACCUAAAGUCAGCACGGCGGUAGUAUCAUAGUUGGUGGCGUUGGAGACCUGCUCUUUAUCGAAGGGAAUUCGGACAAAAAUAUGCACCUUUAACUUUUGAAGGACAACUUGCUCCAGAGCGCCUUGAUAUUGGGCCUAGAGCGGACUUUCAUAUUUUACCAGGAAAAUGACUCUAGGCACAAAUCGAAUUUUGUGCAGUCCUAGUUGAUCUGGAACUGCCCGCACAUUGUGAAACCACCUGCCCAGUCACCACACCUUAUCGUCAUUAAAAACUUGUUGGCAAUUUUGGAUCUGGCCAUCCGCAAGUGGUAAACAUGAUCUCAAAACAGUAGAGGUGCAGAAAACAUCGCUUUUCCGAUGUUUUAACAGGCAAGCAUCGAUGUAAAAACAUCGAUGUUUCUGCACCUCUACAAAACAGCCUUCUUGGAAGAAUGGGCUAAGAUUCCAAAGGAGUCCACAGAAAAGUUGGUUUCUUCGAUGGAAAUUCGUUUGAAAGAUGUCAUAAAACAGAAGGGAGCCCUCACAAAUUUGCCAGCUAUACGAGUUUGAAUUUUAAGUUUACCUCUGCACGAAAUAAGCUGUUAGCCCAUGCAUGUACAUUGUACAUAUGUAAAGCGAGACCUGGUUAUCAGCCACGUCCACAUCGGAGAGCAGAUAACACACAUGACUGUGUGCAAUUAGCACAGUGGCGUAGUGCCCUGGAGUCAGAUACAAUCAAAUCAGAGCGGCAGGGGGUUACCGAUGAAUAAGCCUCUUUAUCUUGCCUUUCAGUGUCGCGAGAACUGUCGUUUGGAGCACAAGAGCGCCACAAGUUACGGCGGUACAGCGAGAAAGAAAGAUUAAGGUAGAAAGACCAAGCACACAAGAACCGGAGGUACAAUGGGUUGGUGGAACAAAAAAAGCGAGACGGAUCGUAGCCCGCCCAGCCAGGCACUGGUGCUGCAGGACCCCCGUACCCGCGUGAAGACCACGAGUGCUAGCACCAAGACGACCAACAGGGCAGUGCAGAACUCUACCAUCACGGACAGCAACAAGCAGACGGUCACCUUCCUCUCCACACGCCAGACGGUGACGCACACGCAGCGGGCGCUUGUCACGGAGACGACUACGCGGCGCACUCCCAGCCAGGCGGAGUUGGAAGCGCUCUUUGCCCAAAUGAGAGUAGGCGGCGAGGGAUCCCGACCGCCCAGUCUGAACGGAGUCUCCCUCCGCUCCACUCAACCAUUCAAGGCCACGGCUGGCAAGCGUUCCAGCACGCUGAUCAAGACCGAGCAAACGACUGUCACUAAGAAGACCGGACACACGAUUACCAAGCACCUGGAGACGCACCAUGUAGACCUUAAGGGCAAGAUCAGUAAGACCAACUGGUCGCCGUUCACUCCCACGGCUAACAGUUCGACCUCCACCUACGUCUCACCCUACGCCCAGAUGCCGAGCCUGGCCAUAACCUACAUAUCUCCGCACGCCAAGACCCCAGGAAUCACUAGCACCGUCGCGAACUCUGUUACGAGCGUGUCCAGCACCCCCAAGCCAACGUCAUCCAGCUCCUCUUUUACAAGCUUUUUAAACUCCGAACCAAAACGUGAUAAGCCGCUGACGUUCACUGCAUCGCCAAGACCCUACAUCAGCAUGGGCUCAUCAGCGAUCAGCGCCAUGCCCAAAGUCUCUGACCCAGCGAACAACCUCGACACUCAGGGCACCAAUCCAAUCAGCUUGACUUCCUCAAAGUGUAGCCUAACCAAGAGCAAACUAAAACCCGCUAGGGUGUAUAUCUUUAAUCACGAGCGGUUCGAUAACAAGAACGUGUUCCGUACGGGCAGUGGCCAGGAUGUAAAGGUCUUGCGAUCCACCUUCGAGCAGUUCAAAUGCAAGGUGGAGAUCAUUACGGACGCCACUCUGGCCACCAUCAAGCGGACGGUGCGAAUGCUGGAAACCAAGGAUUUCGAGGACAAGAGUGCUCUGGUCCUGGUGAUGCUAAGCCACGGAACGCGCCACGAUAGAAUUGCGGCAAAAGAUGAUGACUAUUCUUUGGAUUACGACGUCCUCUUCCCCAUCCUGCGCAACCGGACGCUGAGGGACAAGCCUAAGCUACUUUUUGUCCAAGCCUGUAAGGGCGCCAACGAGCUGGGUGGAUUUAUGACGGAUGCUGCUCAGCCCAAUGGGUCUCCAAACGAGAUUCUGAAGUGUUAUAGUACCUACGAGGGAUAUGUUUCCUAUCGCACGGAAGACGGCACUCCAUUUAUUCAAAGCUUGUGUGAGGCCCUCAAUCGGACGGGCAAGACCUCAGAUAUCGACACCAUAAUGACGAAUGUGAGGCGCGUUGUUAAAAUGCAAACCAGAGACGGCCAAAUCCCAUCUGUUACCAGUACGCUCACCUCUAAGUACGUUUUUGGAGAUUACAUCUGAUCAUACUAGAACGGUCACCUUUAUUUACGUCUUUGGAGAUUAUAUCUGACCAUUAAUUACACCCAGACAAAAAAUUGGCUAAAAUGCCCAGAAAUGGGCUACAAUUUAGGUAAAGUUGGCCUUAACCUGGAGCUAAGUCCAUGCAUGGCCUGUAGGUCACACAUGUCCUAAAAUGUGGGUAACUUUUAGGUAAUUGACUGCCUAAAAAUAGUAUUUAUGGUACAAAAAUAAUUUGUUUGAACUUACAAAAGCAUUUUGCCACGGAAUAAAACCAUAUGGACUUGGAUCAGAGGGGGACAAGUGGUGCGUUCCGACACUUUAUUGUUCUCGGGGUUCGAAGUUCGAGUCCUGCCCAAAGACCAUUUUAUUUUAUUUUUCUUUUCUAAUAAGUAAAGCAGAUAGAUUGUUCAAUACAAUAUUGCAUUUAAAAUUGCUAAGGAAAUAUUUAACAUGUUUCCAUAAGACUUUUGACUUACUCCUGCCCUAGUAUCCUAGUAUCCGAUCCGGGGUCCUCUCACAUCAGAGGCAGACGCCUUACCAAUUCUGCAAUCGCACCAUGUUACGAAUGAGUGUGUAAGUUCAAGUCAUAAGUAACGCAUCGGACUCGCGCGCAAAAUAUAAAUGAUAGUUUUUUUAGGGAGAUAAAAUAUUCACCUAUUUGAAUUCACUAUAAAAUCCAAUAAUUAUAUUAUAAAUUGUAUUAAUAUCAUGAGUAAACAUUUCACAUUUUUUUAAACAAUACCCAAUUUCUAGGGCAUAUUGGCAUAAAAUGUUCAAUUUUAUAAUAGUACGUCUCAGUUCAUUUUUAUUAAAAUUGUACCUUAAAUAAUGUAUUAAAUAAUUAUAAUAAAUACAAUUUAUCUUUGGUUA